GUGCUUUCUCGGUAAUUAGACACCCAGUAAUAGAAAGAUCCGAAAUCUCGCGGGAAAUCAAUGAAGAACACUUGAAUAGCCUUCAAAAACGCACAGUAGUAUUCUUUGAAGAACUCUCUCUGCUUAUAAAAGAAGAAGAAUGGAAGGUAAAGUUGGAGGAGGGGUAGGAGGAGAGAUAAGAAGAGUUCAUAUCAUAUAUUUUCUGAGUCGAAUGGGUCGAGUUGAACAUCCACAUCUCAUUCGAGUUCAUCAUUUGAGUAAAAAUGGUGUUCAUUUACGAGAUGUUAAGAGAUGGUUAUCAGAAUUGAGAGGAAAAGAUAUGCCAGAUUCAUUUGCCUGGUCUUACAAAAGGAGGUAUAAAACGGGUUAUGUUUGGCAAGAUUUGCUGGAUGAUGAUCUUAUCAGUCCAAUUUCGGACAAUGAAUAUGUUAUUAAAGGAUCAGAAAUAACUACACUUUCAUUUGAUCCCUGUUUCCACGGAGAGAAAAAAGGUUCAACCUUAGCGAAAGCAGAGACAAUUACUUCAAUUGAAGAGAUUAAAUCAAAAAUCCCAGAUAGCAAAAGUAGUAAUGGAGGAGAAUCCCAAUUUGAUGGUGAAGAUUCAGGACCGUUAGAUUCAGAAACAUCAACAGAAAGUAGUGAAUCAAUCAAAGAAAGAAACUCUGAUGACGAUCAUCAAAAACAGAGGAGUAUUGUUCCCAUUACUGAGAUUAAAGAAUUAAAUGAUGAAACUGAGAAUUCUUUACAAAAGAAUGAUAAAAAUGAAAUUACAGAGAAACAGAAUCCGUCAUCAUCAUCAUCAACGACAUCAACAGCAAGAUCUUCUUCUUCGUCGUCAUCUUCAUCUUCUUUCAAUAAGAGUAAGAGUUAUUCGAGUGGUGGAGCUACUAAUGUGUUUCGAAGUCUACUGAGUUGUCGUGCAACAGAUAUAAACGAUUCAGCUUUGAUGAUGAUCCGUAGAAGUUCUUGUUCUUCUUCUUCAGAGAUUUGCAAAUUUGAGAAUUUGGGUGGGUCUGACACGAAUACUAGUGGAAUAUUAUGGAAUCAACAUCAAUCAAGGAGAAGUAUCAGUAAACCAUCAUCAUCAUCUUCAGAGAACAGUACAUCAAAGAAGUCAAAUGAAUUCGGUGGUAGCCAGAAAAAAGUCUCUGCUGCUUUCAAACCAGUUGCUGAGCCUCACUGUUCGCAAUGUGGGAAGGGGUUCAAGCCAGAGAGGUUACACUCACACAUGAAGUCCUGUAGAGGCUUGAAAAGCCUGAGCAAGAAUCGCAAUAGUGCUACAGCUGGGUAUGAUUGUGAGACUGAGCAGAAGUUCACAACAUUUGGAUCUUUUAAAGAAAGAAACCAGCAGGGAUGUUUUUAACUAUCUUAUGGUCCGGAAAUGAUGAGAGAUCUCUGCUAUCUGUUUACCUAGGUAUUACGUGUAUAUGUUUAAUUUUACUGCUCUUUAUCCUUUGAACACAGAACUUUUGAGUAGCUCUUUCUCCCAGUUGUAUAUAAGUUAGAAAAGAGGGUGAAAGAAGUACUCAAAGAAAGAGAUGACUUCGAACCUAUCCAUCGCUUUACGCAUAGUUGAUUGAUUUUUGGUGCCCCAAGAGUGCAAGGAACCAUACAUCGAAAAUCUUUGAAGAACAGGUUAUAGCGCUUCAACUUCCUAUUGAAACAGCAAGCGACUUAACUUGUAUGGUUAAAACUUUGAAAUGGUCAUCAAAUUGAAACAGCAAGUAAAAUACAGCAACAUAGACUUGUAAUUUGUAAACAUGGGAAUUUGACAGCAUGGGUGUGCCCGUAGUAAAGAGAUGUUAUAUAGUAAGGCUCAUAUUGUAAGGAGGUUGUCUACUUGAUGUCAACAUUAAGCCAACUCUUCCUAUAAAAGGAGGUUUCCCAAGAGGAAAGAGGGUAGAGCUAAUAGAAUAUCCUAGAAGAGAGAGAAAGAGUUCUCCAGGUAAUUGUAUUUUGUAUUGGGAUUAGUCUCCACAUUACCCUAUAAUAAUAUUUGGGUGUUUACAUUUGGCGAUUUCACUGGGGACUAAUCUUCAGUACCAAUAUCGACUCCUACCCUACCCCGGAAAAUAUCUGGCCACUCCUACCCCGACUUCCAUCUUCAUCCCAUUUAUACCCGGGGUCAUCAAACGAAUUAGCAACAAUCACCACCACCGAAAAUCCAUUCCAUUGUCAUAACCAUCACUCCACUGUCACCCACGGACACUACUACUUCAAUUUGAUAACAUCCCCCGGGUGAGGAAACACCGAAAGCAUCACAUAGCACCAUUGUCACCCGAAGUCCCCUGCCUUCUUCAACAUAUCACCAACUCCUCAUCUGAAGUCCAUCUUUGGCAGCUCCGUCAUUAUCUCCUCUCUCAACUACCACCACCGUAACCAACACCAGCAGCGCCAAUAACCCUAUCGUUCUUCUUUCUUCUUCGUCAAAAAUCACAGAAACUCCAACCCAUUUUCCAUCGUCCCCGAAUCAAAUCAGUUCUUCAGGAUUUCAAUUGAAUCCUUAAACCCAACCCCGAUCUCGGUUACACUCUAACCUAACUUUACAUCAAAAUCAAUUUGAUAUGAAGAUUUCUUUCAUUAUUCCGCUACCUUAUCCAAAACCUCCAUGCCCUGCACCACCACCCCUACCACGAGCAAGAAAAAGAAAGAGAAGCUGCUGUUUCUAGCCUUGGUCCAGCAGUUAAAGGCCGAAACAGUGAGGAGUUUCCGCGGUCACCACCAAAUCAUCAUCCCAUCGUCAUCCGGAGAAACCACUAGUUUGGACCACCCACUGCCGGAAUCAAUAAAGUCAUCACCAACAUCAAAUCCGAAGAUUCAAUCAGCAAAAACAAUUAUAUAGAUAAGUUUCAUCGUUCCUCAAACUCUCAAUCAAACUGUGACUAUUAAUUAAUCGUUUUCAAUGACAAAGGGUUUUAUAAAUUAAACUGAAUAUUAAUUAUGAUUUGAAAUCAUCACUUGCAAUCACCAAAUCGUUCUGCUAAUUUAUCACCUUUUGUUGCUUUGGUAGACAUCGUUUAGUCAUGAUCGGGAAGACAAGAUCCGGGGCAGUGAUGUUCACAAGAAGUUCACAAGAAAGCUCAAUCGUCAACAAUUAUGAUAAAGCUUCAGUUCAUGGCACCGGUGGAACCUCUGUUAAUGACGAAGGAGUUGUGUACUUAAAAGAAAGAAUUUUCCAACAUCUUUAUCAACACGAUAGUUGCGAACUCAAUUGUCGGAAUGGAGUCUCCAUUGAUAAACCUGCGGAAAAGAAGAUCCGAAGAGUCGUGGAUGGCUAAACCCCGAACCCCGAUUACAACUAUCAACACUCAAAGUCUGUACCUACCAUCGAACCAUCGCUCCACUGCCAUCCGGGGACGCCACUACUAACACAACUUCGGAUUUGUGUUAGGACAUUUGACUUUAAUUGAGCAGAGAAGAAUUGAAGAGGUGAUGAACAGCCGAAGCCAUGAAGAGUCGUUGUUGUCGUGCACAACAAACUGAGGUUUCAACCGAUGCCACCAUCAACAUCUCAUUGGAAACCUGACAUCCGACAUGAAUAAUUCCAAGACCUCAAGAAAAGUACACACAACAAACAACACUCAUUGCCGAUGAAGAGAGAAUCUGUGAAAGACAAACUGAUGACAGCAGCUCAUUGUCCAAUACUACCCCGACUGACAACACACAAAAAGCAAAGCUAAGUAUUCGAUGCCUAAUCAUGACAUCUUAUAGUAUGUUCCCAGGGACGGAGCUAUGUGCAUCCUAGGGGUGGCCCCCAUACCCUGUUUUUUGUUAAUUCAUUAGACAUACCUUGAUGUUUUUGUUAUUUGGAGAAAAAAUCUUUCAAUAAACCCCCCAAAAA